GCAACACUGCCGAAAAUGGAUAGCUACAGUCCGUUCGAAGAUUAUCUGGGCUUGAGCAAACUCCUACAGAACCAGAAUGAAGUUUUGGACGAACUUGCGGAGUCUUCCAGCAGCUAUAGCGAUAAUGCGACACAAAGAUUUUCGGAGCCCGACAGCUGGAGUCGGAUCCAAUGUCAGAUGGUCAACAACCUAAACGGCUACUCUGCCGGUCUGCAAAUGACCAGUCUCCCUGCUGAUGAUUUUCUGUCCAUGGAAUGUAGCCGUACGGGGGACGACUGUUUCCGUAGCGACUACUCCAGCGUUCACUACGACGAGGAUGACCAUCGGUCACAGUCGGACGUCACGGGAGAUCACGCGUCCGGAGAGGAUGACGUUUUCCAAACCAACAACUCGAGGUGUUCGUCAAUGUCCGAGUAUUCUUGGGACAAUUUUGGCCGCGUCUCGUCGUCGUUCGUUCAGAGGAGGGAUGGCGGGAGCUCCCCGAGAGGCUCGAUGACCGGUGUACCUCCCGCUAGUCGGACUGGUGUAGAUAGACUCGCUAAACUGAUGGAGGAAAUGAACCAGCAGGUGACCAAUAAUAUGGACGACGAAACAGCUCAGGGAUGUUUUCUGGAGUUCAGACCGACGUGUAUGACGCGGAUGGUGAAACGUGACAUGUUUUGUGUGUUGUGUAAACGUAACGGAGAGACUCGGGAGUUCUACACCACCCAUGUGCUCAAGGACACCCACGGCAAAGUCAUCUGUCCGAUCUUGAGGAAGUACGUGUGUCCGCGCUGUAUGGCCACGGGGGACGCCGCUCACACACUCCGACACUGCCCAUUCGCUGACCAGGGGCUAGGGUCAAUGUCUCGGACAUUCCUCACCAGACGCAGCAGCUGUGGUGUGCGUCGAAAGGACAAUUAGUGCGAUUAUUUAGCGACUUUAUAGACCUUGAACAGUUCCGAAACACUCGAAAGUUUUGCAUUUCCAAUAGAUGUGUGACGGACGUAACCUGGUUGGAUUUAUUUUUUAUGUAUUUAUCUCGAUAUUGCAGUAUCGAUAAAUGACUUUCCAGAUUCUUCUGUUAUUCUUAUCCUCGUUUAUUACUGUUGGCAGAUUUAUGUUUAUAGUAUUUAUUUUGUUAAAGGUUCAAAC